AUGAAGGGGCGUUUGAUUUUUCUCCUUGUUGUAUGCUUCAUUAUUUCUUCGGUGACCGGUCGGACGAGGACUCGAGAGGACAAACGGAAGAAGGAAGAUGAAAAGAGUAAAGAGCCAGUGAAGACAGACCCCCUCAACAUCUGUAACUUGCAGAGUGAGCGACACUUGAACAUUUACUGCUAUUGCGACACACCGGAGUGGCAGAACGCGACAGAUGCCAACUGUUGGCUGUUCAACCAAGGAGAACCUCAGACUUCACAAGUCUGGCCGGCCUUCAAGUCCCAGAAGCAUUUGACCAAACUCACCUUUCAUAUCAGGGUUGUGAGUUCUCUGGGAUAUGUACCUACUAAAGCGCUGCGUCAGCUCCCGCACCUCAAGACAGUGGAAAUCGUCUACGCCAACAUCGAGACAGUAGAACCGUACGCCUUCGCCAACCUCACGCUCCUGCAAGAUCUUGCACUGGCCAGGAACAACAUUAUUCACCUGAAAAGGUUUGCCAUUUCCCUGCUACCCGACCUUAAAGUGAUCACUCUAGGAGAGAACAAGAUCGCCGAGCUGCAGAGGGAAGUAUUCGUCUCCCUUCCAUCCUUGAGGAAGCUGUACAUGGAUAGGAAUAACCUCAGCGUCAUACACGAUGGCGCUUUCUCCCACUUGUAUAGCCUUGAAGAGUUAGAACUCCACGGAAACCAGCUUACUGGCUUGGUGGCACUCAGGCGACUUGACCUGUCGAACAACAACCUCAACAUGCUCGGCGAUGGUACCUUCCAAGAAAUGCCCGCGCUGGAAGAACUGCUGGUGGAGAAGAACGUGUUGGAGUUCCUGAACCCUGGAGCCCUGAGGGGCAUCAACGCCUUGACGAGGCUUUCCCUGGCCGGAAACAAACUGACCAGCCUGCCUGUCGGGCUCCUCGACGACAAGUACCAUCUGCGCUACCUCAACCUGCGGGAGAACCACCUUCGCACCCUCACCUAUGCCAACAUGGCUCCCGUCCUCCAGAACAUGGCCAACUCAUCUUCUUAUCUCAUUAUUGAUGCAAAAUGUGUUGUUGAUUGGCAGAAUGAAUUACAAGGAAUUCAUGAUGAUCAAAAAAUAAAAUACGUUCCCCAUAUAGCAGCCAAACGUGCCCUACACAUUUUAAUCGGCCGAUCCUUAUUAUCUUCACACGAUCAGCGUUUCGGUAUAGCUCCUGUAGCUCACCGUUCGCUCGCAUUUGCCAUUCCCAGUUGA